CUCGUCGUCGUCGCGGUUCAAUCGAGUCCAAGCCCACCCGUUGCGCCUUCCACCUGUUGCAGCAGACCCAACUUGAUUCAAACACCUGCACUGCCCAUCUCACUUCAUCCACCUUCCUCCUCUUCCUCCUCCUCCUCCCCCAAACUAUCACCUUGUCUGCAUCUCCAUCCUCAGCUAUCCACACUCCGCCUUGCGCGAAAUAUGCUGCAGCCCGCCCACCGCCUGCCAAUCAAAGCGCCAGUCUCCACCAAGUCGCCUGUCCCAGCUAAACCACAACGGUCCAUCCCCCGAGAUAAUUGCCGUUACCUAGGUGUUCUCUCUGGCCAUGGCGUCCAACGCAGACUUGACAGCGCCUUCGCCACCUGCGCGGAUACCAAAGCUGAAGUACAGAAACCCGCUGCCUUCGGAUCCAGACUGUCCAUCACCCCGCACAUCCCAGGACACUGCAAUUCCCUCUUCUCACUCCCAAGAGGGUCCCGCGACCUCGGAUUUCAAGCCUGUAUCGACCAGCUCCCGGCCGUCCUUCGAGACCGCCAGCCUGACGUCACCCAGCCUGGCUUCUACGUCGUCGAGUGCGACAUCCUCAAAUGACUCCAGGUCAUCCAAGAAAAAGAAAAAGACUGGCUCGGUGCUCGGCUUCCUUUCUCUAAAAGAGCCGUCCCAGGUCGCUCUGGAGCAGUUUGCUGAACACCAACGCAAACAGACGGCCACGAAGGGAUCUUCAACACCAACCUCAAAACACAGCAGCAGUACCUUUGUCGGCAAGCAGCUUCCUUCCAACGUGCCCAAGGUGAACUCAAAAUGGGACGGUGUUCCAGCCGCGGCCAAAAACAGGUCUUCCAUGUCAAGCGUAUCAACCAAGGACAACAGGAGUAGCUUAUCCUCCCGAGGCUCACUGAAUGCGCAACUCAAGGCUGGACCCUGGAACGAUUCCAAACUAUCCGUCAUGUCGGAUGGCACUCGCAACCCUCCGAAUUCAAUCGCAUCGGCCGCACCUUCAGUUUCAAAUUUCGUCGUCGCCGACCAUGACUUGGUCUAUGGAUCUUCACCAUCCACCACCACGCUCCCUGAAAUGUCCUACUACUUCCCAGAUGCCCCUACCAUGUCUGGUGCAUUGCCAAAGAACUCGUUGGAAACAGAAGGAAUCCACGAGCCAAUCGCCGGAUCCCCACCUAGGCUGCCAGCCUCCACAUUAGACUCCAGCCCAAUAUCGGAAGACCGCGCAGUCUUCAGAGCAGAUUCUCCAGCUUCGUCAACUGACUCUGUAGACACAGUUGUCAGAGAUACUGCCGACGUCAUUUUCAAGAAGUUGAACGACCAGCCCCACCAAAGCUUCUGGGGAGAGGAGCCCAUUGUACAACAAUCGGAUGAAAGCAAGCCAGGAAAUGUGCCCGAUUCACAUGACUUUCUGUUUGGUCCGCCAUCGGCUGAGGACACUACAAAGAUUGAUUCGCCCAUGGCCUCGCCACCUGUUUCACACUACGUUCCUACACGGCCGGUGCAGAACUACAGUCGACCUAUUGCGUCUAACAGCUUCACACCUCGACCUGCAACUUAUCGGUCAACACCGUCGGCCUCAGCACUACCGACUCUGUAUGAAGCUUCUGUUGCCAGUACAGAAUCUCUCGCUACAGUGCGGGACGACAGUGAUGCACGGUCUCUCGCGCCAUCCUCCAUUGCCCCCUCGGAGCUGUCUGGGCACUGGUACGAAUCUCCUCGCGAACGGCUUGGUCUAGGUGGACGCCUUCGAAAGAAUGACGUUGUACCCUGGGAUGACCAAGGACAGUCGCUAGCAUCUUGUGUUCGUCAGUCCUGAUCCACGAUCCUUGCAUAAAAUUUAGUCUUCAGUGUUGUCCAGCGUUUUUUUUUUUUUGCACUUUCUUCGCUCUUCGGAGUCGUUACCUACGGCCAAACGCCG